CCUGAAAACCAGCGCAAUUACUCUCUGAAAUUGGAGUCCAGUUGAGUUGAAUUAUGACUCCCCCAUAACUUGAACAUAACGGAAUUGAAUCCACUUCCCACCUCAUCGUUUAUAACAGUAAUGAAUACUCAUCAAUACCCUCAAAAUAUCUCCAUCGCUCUCACCCUCUUACGGCUCUCCUCUAUGGCUAUACGCUGCAACAGUAGCAGAGCAGAGCAGAGGUAAAGAAACAGAGCCGGUAGUGGUGAUCAUUAAUGGGGAGGACACGGCCUCCGACGCAGGAAAAGUCAGGGGCUUUCUUCUUGGCGACUCUGCUGCUCUGGUUCGUCUCUGUUUGGUUUGAGAUUCUGUUCAACCGGCGGUCGGAGCUGGGUUAUAUUAUCGCCGGCUGUGGCUUUUACCAAUUGGCUAACUGGGUCUGUCGCCGCUUUGUAUCCCGUGACCCUCUCUUUGUUAACACCUCCGUCUCUCUCCUCCACUCCUCUAUUACCUCCACUUCUGUUGUAUUUAUUUUGGUUAAUCACUGGUUACAAAAUGGUUCGAGUGGGAUGUUUGAGCACUCACAGUUGGUUGGAGGUACUUGGGCGUGGGCACACCAGGCUUUGUGCUUCUCAUGCGGUUACUUUGCAUACGAUCAGUGGGAUAUGCUGCAUUACGGAUUAUAUAGUGGUUUUAUCCCUUCCAUCCUAGCGCAUCAUCUGCUGCUCCUCAUGUGCUUCACUCUUGCUUUGUAUCGGAAUGUGACCAUUAAUUACCUUAUUCUCACUCUCAUUUGUGAGCUGCACUCUAUCUUUCUGCAUGUGAGGAAAAUUCGGCGAAUGGCAGGUGUUCGUGACGCUAAGAGCAACAUUGUCAAGGCAGAAUGGGUUUUGAAUUGGGUGACUUUCACUUUAGCAAGGGCUGCAUCUCACAUUCUCAUCACCGCCAAGCUCAUCUUAGAUGCUCAUAAAUUUGGAAGGGGAGUGGAACUGCCUAUUGCGCUGUUGGGAAUGUUUGGAAUGAACAUGCUGAAUACUUUUCUCGGCAUUGAUCUCUUCCAUGCUUGCAAGAGAGAGAUGAAUCCUCAGCAUACUAAUACUCAUCAAGAAUGAAAAAACAAGGGCAAAAAAAAAAGAGUUUCUAAUCUUCUAAUUUUUGUUGUUUCUUUGAUUGAUUUUGCACAUAAAUCAACAGAGAGAGUGAGAGUUUUCAUUAAGAGAUUAACAAUGUACAUUAUGUGAGCAUAUGAAAGCAGGGUUUGUUUCCCUUCUACUGGGUACCCCUAAAUACCCAAUA